AUGGCGUUCUCAGAGUGGCGUCUGUCUCUCAAGCUACUGGAUCAGCCUUCUCUUCCCAAAUCCGUGCUGCAGUUCCCCGACACUGAUGAGCCUGGAGAUGUUCCUCCCGGAGAGUAUCGGGUCUCCACUCUCAAGCAGCUGGUCUCAGCUCAGAUCCCAGAUGCCAUACCAGAUCCUGAGCUCAUAGAAUUAGUGUACUGUGAAAGAAAGUUAAAGGAUGACUUGACUCUGGAGUCCUAUGGGAUUCAGUCGGGAUCCACUGUGCACAUCCUGAGAAAGUCCCGGCCAGAACCUGAGAUCCAUCCCGAGCCAGUGGACAAGGUUGCAGCUAUGAGGGAGUUUCGUGUCUUGCAGGCAGCUCUUCACACCAGCAAUGCAUACAGAGACUCAGUGUUCAAGAUGCUGAACUUUGAGGAAUCCCUCUACCAGAUCAUCGUGGCGACACCUGGGCUGAGCAGCGAUCCUGUGGCUCUAGGGGUUCUUCAAGACAAAGACCUCUUCAUGCAAUUCACGGACCCAAACAUGCUUGACACAUUGGCCAAUUCCCACCCGGCGCUGGUAAAUGCCAUCAUCCUGGUGCUGCACUCGGUGGCUGGCAGCGUGCCGCCCCAACAGAGCGCCAGCUCCUCUAGAAAUGUGUCUUCUAGCUCUUUUAGUGACAUGCCAGGAGGUUUCCUCUUUGAAGGCAUGUCUGAUGAUGAGGAGGACUUCCAGUUGGGGAAUCGCGGUGGGCCGUCCACUAUUGCUAGUGGUUUGGGUGGCAUGAGGCCAGCUUCGCUCGGCUAUAACGGCGCUGUGGGCCCCAGACCCAUCACUCAAAGUGAGCUGGCCACCGCUCUGGCCCUCGCCAGCACCCCUGAGAGCAGCGCUGCUACACCAGCUACAGGAAACCAGGCUCCCUCUUCAGGAGUGUCCACAGUCCCUGCAGGCACUCCUAUAACCAACGAUCUGUUUAACCAGGCACUGCAGCAGGCCCUGCAGGUGUCCAGCAUGUCCAGCCUGCAGAAUCAGUGGCAGUCGCAGCUCCAGCAGCUGCGGGACAUGGGCAUCCGUGAUGAGGAGCUCAUCCUGAGAGCCCUGCAGGCCACCGGCGGAGACAUCCAAGCGGGCCUGGAGCUCAUAUUCGCCGGAGGCGCACCAAUCACUUCUCUGAAGUAAAUCGUUAUUGUGAUGUUACAACCAAGGCAUUUGAUUUACCACUACACAUUCAAUACUUGAACUACCUAUUUGAGUUAUUUUUAAAUGCAUAUUUGUCUUUUAUUUUUUUAGAUAUGUACACUAAAUGCAGUGCUAUCAGCUGUUUAGGGCCCACUUUAAAAUAUAUUACUUCUGCUGUGUUGAUAUACAAUGUUCAGCUCUGUAAAGUAAAAUGUUCAGACAAUCAUUGUUUAGUUUUAUUUUGUCAUGGAUAUAAAAUCUUUGAUAAAAACCAUAAAUUUUGUUGCUCUGUAGUUGUGUACAAGGAUUAAACUUCGCAUGAAGUGGAAGAUCCCCCUCUCUGUUUUCCAAAUGCAUCUUAAUGAUUCAUCUACGAUUGUUAUAUUUAAUUUAUUUUGACCUCCUGAUUUUUAAUUAAAAUGUCACACUCUAGCUUGAUCUUCCAGUGAAACAAUAGACUUUGUUACGGUGAAGGUGACAGCUUUUCAAAUGGAAAUUAGUGCAUAAAAUCAACUUCAGCAAAAUAAAUAUCCAAACUAAAUUUUAACUAAAAUGUAUACUUUCUAUAUUCUUGGAAGCAAGCAGUGAUAGUUUGCAUUUACUACAAGAUUUGAUUGCAGUUUAUUUGCUUUGUGUAUAAACAAUAGUAGGCUAAAUAAUUAAUUGGUAAACAACAAACUAUCUAUAUGUGCCUUUUAUCAUCAGUAUCAAUAACCUGUUAUGUUUUUAUGGGGUUGUUUAUUCAUGAACUUCAGGUCCAAAUGAUAUAGGACACUCUAUAGGACAAUGACCAGGUCAAACAUCUUAUAAAAGCCUUUGCCGCAAUUUGUCAUUUAGACCUUUUCUAGUGAUUUCAGUGUCCAUUUUUGUGAUAUAACAUGGCCUUAUAACUUCUGUUCAUCUUUCAAGUUGCUUGGUUGAUGAAAAAGUAGAAGUGAAACACUUGCCCACUGAUUCUAA